CUCUCUCUCUAGCUCUCAGGUUCAAUGUUGCGCGUCUCCAUCUCUAAUUCAAAUGUGGUGUGCUUUGUGCUGUGUUUAUCCAUAAUCUAGAUUCUUAUGUUAAGUUCAGUAAGACCAAGAAAGUGGAACAAAUGGAGAUUCUACUCAAUAUAUUUCGAUGCAUUUCCUUCGACAGAUCGAUUCAAGUGACUGCCUGAGCAUAGCAGUUUUUGUGCAAAAGAAAUGUGUAUCUGUGUCAGAUAACUUAGAUCCCAGUGCCCCAGACCAAAACAUUGGUAUCCUCAGAAAUACAAUUGCUAGCAAAGAUAUUGUCAAAUUUGUCUUUGUACCAUUCCUUACCAAAUAAGACAAGCAAAGAUUGCAAAAAGCCCCCUCCUAAACUAGCUUUCUUGUGUGGUGAAAUGUCUCCUCAAGGUUUCACUUGGUGCAAAUUGAACUUCUAAAGUUUAGGCUGACUUUGAAAUUUGUCCCUGACCUUUGAGUUCUGGAAAUUGCCACCUAGCUAGUCUGCAUAUGUGAUUUUGGCUGAUUGUCAUCCUGUUGUACUCACUAGAAAUGCCAAGCCAACAACCAAACGGAAUUAUUCUCAGCCGAUAAGUUGAGGAUAUCCAAGGUCUCACCCAAUUGGAAUAUAUAGUUGCAAAACUAAUGUUAGGCUCGACUUCUCAUGUUUCCUGUAUUAUAGUCGGUCGGGUCUACACAUUUCACAUCACGCUGGUAAUUUCAAAUUUCACUCAGCCAAUGGAUCCAUCCACACCAAUGCCACAUUCAAGGUUAAGAGAUCUUCAAACGAGUUUUAAUGAACAGGAUGACAGCAGACGAGGGGAUUGAAGAGAGGCUGCUUAGUCGAAGUGGAGCAGCAGAGCCAGAAGAGGACAGUAGCCUCAGAAGCAAAGUUUGGGAGGAAUCAAAGAAGAUAUGGAGAGUGGCCUUCCCUGGAAUGUUGUCCAAAGUCUCCGUCUCCGGAAUCUUUAUUGUCACUCAGGCAUUCAUUGGUCACAUUGGCGAGACUGAGCUAGCCGCUUAUGCCCUCAUUCAAAUCAUCGGUGUUCAAUUUGUUAACGGAAUAAUCUUGGGCAUGUCAAGUGCGACUGAAACUCUAUGUGGCCAAGCCUUUGGAGCCAAACAAUACCACAUGCUUGGCAUCUACCUGCAGAGGUCGUGGAUCAUCAACAUUAUCACCGUAACUAUCUUAGUUCCCAUAUUCAUCUGUACUGCGGCAAUUUUCAAGCUCCUAGGGGAAGACGACUUGAUUGCAGACUCCGCGGGGUACAUAGCCCGCUGGUUCAUCCCAAUCCUCUACUACUUCAUUUUCAGCUUCACCAUUCUAAGUUUCUUGCAAUCCCAGCUCAAGAAUAUUGUAAUCGCUUGGCUAUCCUCAAUCUCAUUUCUGCUCCACGUGUUGCUGUCAUGGAUAUUUGUUACCGUGCUCAACUGGGGUAUUCCUGGUGCAAUGAGCGCCAUGAUCGUGGCUAGCUGGUUCGUGGUGAUUGGAGGGUUUGUGUACAUCUUUGGAGGGUGGUGUUCAAAUACAUGGAAAGGAUUCUCUCUGGCUGCUUUUGCUGAUCUGUGGCCUGUCAUAAAGCUUUCGGUAUCGUCGGGGGUGAUGAUAUGCUUGGAGCUUUGGUACACCGCAAUUUUGGUUUUGCUGGCCGGUUACAUGAAGAAUGCGACGGUUGCGAUAUCAGCAUUCUCCAUCUGUCUUAACAUAUCAGCAUGGGCAUUUACGAUCUUCCUAGGAUUCCUUAUUGGCGCAAGUGUGCGUAUCUCGAAUGAAUUGGGGCGAGGGAAUGCAAAGGCGGCAAAAUUUUCCAUCAAAGUAAUAUUGAUCACCUCUAUCAAUAUUGGAGUCUUUUUCUGGAUUCUCUGCCUAGUCUUCGGCCGUCAAAUCGCCUACAUAUUCACGAGCAAAGAGGACAUCGCAGAUGAGGUUGCUAGCCUCUCGGUCUUGCUUGCAUUUACGAUUUUGCUAUACAGCGUUCAGUCAGUUCUCUUGGGGGCGGCAAUUGGAGCUGGGACGCAGAGUAUGGUGGCCUAUGUCAACAUUGGAUGCUACUAUGUGAUUGGGGUGCCUCUAGGAGUUGUGCUUGGUUAUGUAGCCAAUCUACAAGUUCGGGGUAUAUGGAUUGGGAUGACAAUAGGGAUAGCAGUACAGACACUGAUACUCGGAUUCAUCACCUACAGAACCAAUUGGGAUGAGCAGGUACUUAAAGCAUCGGAGCGGCUUAACAGAUGGUUCCUGCAAGAUGCAGAAGAUGGUACCAGCAGUUUGACGAGAGAAAGGCUCAUAGAUAAUGAUGAAUGAGAACUUCAUUGCGCAUCUACCCCGACUUUGUUCCAGAUGACUUGAUUAGACGACUAUAAGAAAAAGGAGACUUCUCAGAUCGCACCAAUUUGUGAGAGUUUUGCCUGAUGAGUUUACAAGAUAGCUUCGUCUUCUGCAUCAUAUGGCUUGAUUAGGCCACAGUGAAAAAAGGAGAUUAUCUAUAUGACACCAAUUCUGUCAAGGCUUUUUCUUUUCCACCAAGCAAGAGUCGUACUAUUGUUCAGUUGAAGUGGGUUUUCUGGAAGAUGAUAUGUCCCGAAUCCUCGCCAUUUCUUUGUGCCCCGGUCCAUGUUUCCAGAACCAGAUUGUGCAAAAUAUAUUUUUCAAGAGACUGCAUCUGCAUAUGAUGAGGUUACAUUUAUUCUCUCUUCAGAACCUUCUUUCUAUAUAAGAAGCAAAGUCUGCCCGCCAGCUUCCUCGGCCGGCAUGUCCGCUUCGAUCAGCUUCGACUUGGAUGACCAGCUCAACCGCCCCCAAAUGGUGAAUAGAGCUUGUUGGAGUAGUAUCUGCAGCCUCUCGCGGAGAUCUCCUUGAGAUUAUCUGAUUCAAAGACUCAGGUUUUUAUUUUAGGGCCUCAGGGCCAUGAAUCGACGCCCUCUAGCACACUGGGAAUGGUAAAAUGCCUAGAUCCUGACCUGCCUCGUGGCUUGUUCAAUCCUUUUGCAGCACAACGUCCUAAAUGGCAUACAAAGUAAGUCGGUACCGGACUCCAGAGUUUCCAAGCUGUGGAAUAUGUCCGAAAACCAAAUUACAGCAAACGCUACACUGGUAUUACGGUUGCGUCUGUCUUUCCGGUGAUUUGCUUCACUUAUGUGCGUCUUUCUUGUAUUUUCCUAGUGUCUGUUUAGUCUGUGCUUAUGUAAUUGUACUCCUUUCCUGUAGUUGAACGAAAUGAACUAUUUUGAUGUU